CGACAACAAACACCGCCCACAAACAACAAGACAACAAAAAAGCUUGCAAGCAAGCAAGCAAGCAACAACAAGCAUGGCGGAGGCACCAGCACGGGACGUGGAGAUCACCAAGGGCCCAAAGGGGUAUGGGUUCAACCUCGCCUUGAUGGGCGGCGUGCACUUCUUCCGCGUCAUUGAGCCCGACGGACCAGCACACAAGGCUGGCGUGAACCCGGGCGAUCGCAUCCUCAAGGUCAACGGGCAGGAUGUGCGCCAUGCCUCGCACAGCGCCUUGGUGACGCUGAUGAAGCAGGCAGGAACGGUGUUGCGCCUGCAAGUACAAGCGCUGUCCAAGGAUCAACUGCAGACCCUCAGCAAGCCGCCGCCAGAUGAGCAAUCAGUCUCCAAGAUGAAGCAGGACAUGCAGCGCGAACAGCGGCAGCAAACACAGCUGAUGCAGCAGCAGCAGCAGCAACAACAACAACACCAGCAACAACAACAACAGCAACAAGGGCGCAUGUCCAAGCAGAUCUCUUCCUCCAGCCUGAAGGAGGGGCAGGUUCGCCUCAUGCUGGUGCGGACAGACAAGGGCUUUGGUUUUAACCUGUCAAAAGCGGGUGACAAGCACUUCUUCCGCGUCGUGCAACCUGGCGGUGCUGCAGCAAAGGCGGGCGCUCACCCAGGCGACGAAAUUGUGGCGAUCAAUGGCAAAUCCAUUGCAGGCAUGCAGCACUCUGAUGUUGUUCAGCUCAUCAAGGAUGCCGGCGAGGCCGUGGAGAUUGUUGUUGUGCCACAAAAAGGGCGGGCAUCGAUGGCUGCCUCGGAUUCCACCUUCAAACAAAUCUCACAAGCACAAGAGCGUGCUAAAGAGGUUAUCCAGGCCGAUGCAGAGCGCGUGCGCCAGGCAAAGGCGGAUGCAGAGAAGGCGCGCAAGGCGAGCCUGGUGGAGGCCGACGAGCUGCGGGAGCUGCGUCGGCGCGAGCAGUUUGAACACGACCGCAAGAUCAUCGAGGAGAACCUUGCCGAGGCGAAGAAGGACGCGGAGACGCUGCGUGCACGCAUGAAGACAGCGCGCGAGAGCGCGCAGAAGGUGGGCACGCCGCUUGAGCUGAAGAACAUGCAGGACAUCCUCAACGGCAUUCGCGAGCGCGAGUUUUCGCGCCUCAAGGAGCAGCAGUCGGAGGAUCUGCCCAGCGACGAGUACGACAGGCAGGUGGAGGAGCUGCGACGCGAGAUGCAAAAGGCGGUCAUCGAGCAAGAGAUCUUUGCUGUGCAGGCGGCAGAAUGGAGCAAGUUUGCGGUGGAUUGUGAGCAGCGGCGCAAGGAGGAGGAGCGACUGGCCAAGGACGAGUUUGAGCGGACAAAGGCCGCGCGUGAACGCGAUCUCGAGUUCCUUCGCCAGAAGGAGGAGCGCAUGAAGCGGCUGAUGGAGGAGGCUGAGCAGCAGCGGCAGAAGGAGAUUGAGGAAGCAGCGGCAAAGCGGCGCCAGCAGGAGGACAAGUUGCGCAAGGAGGCGGAAGCGCGCGCAGCCAAGGCCGAGGCAGCGGCGCAGGCGCGCAAGGAGCAGCAGAAGCUGUUUGAGGAGCGCGAAGAGAGGCAGCGCAAGAUGGAGGAGGAGGCACGGCAACUUCGCGAGCAGCAGCAGAGGGAAGAGCAGGAACGCAGGCAGAAGCUGCAGCAGCGCUUGGACGAGGAGGAGGAAGCCAACCGGGACCGCUUUGGCGUCAUGCUCAAGCGGCGCGUCCCCGAACCCAAGGGCAACCCGAGCCACCCUAUGAUUGGCCACCUGGCUCAGCGCAAAGGAGCCGCCAACCUCUUGCACAUUCCUCUCAGCAAUGGCAUGAAGGACACUGCCAUGUAGCCUGUGUGAGCGUGUGAGCGUGUGUGUGUGUGCGUGUGUGUCUUUGUUUUGUUUGUUGGUGGUGGAGCUUUGCAUCUUCUUUACAUGAUUGUGUAUGUGCUUGACGUGGCAUGGUGGAGCACACGCGUUGACACCAUUUUUCCUGUCGUGGGACUUGCGCGUGUGUGCGCGAUGUUCGGUUUUUGUUCUCAUGAUACAAAGCACAGACCACCAUGUUUGAGCCAAGAAAAGGG